AUGUGCGCAACUGCCCGUAUGGUGGUUACCAACUCCGUGGCGAGCAUGAUCCCGCCGGCCCGAAUUACCGCGGCACGGCGAAACACCAUGUCGGAACACCCGACGGGGGACGACCCGCCCAGGUGGAGUGGCACCUGCCUCCGGUAUGGUCCGCCUACAAAGCUGCGUCAGUAUAUCUGGCCAGUCGGUCAAGUACUCGGUAGGCUCUCGCCGACUCCCUUGAUGCGGUGGGGUAGCCGGUUUACAACCUGCCCACACCUUUCGGUGCUAUAUAGACUAUAUCUUAAGCAUUCGUUGGACUCCUCCCAUGGUACCGUUACAGAGCCGGGGUUAGCUGCGGAUUACCCAUUUCGACUUUCGUCUCAUCUGCACGAUUAUUACCCGGACCGGAAAGUCCUUCAACGGCGCCUUUCGGCUAAGGACGGGCAAAGCGGCCGAACCGGUCUAUGCACAUUGUCCCCAUUCCGCCUUGUGUCGCCAUCACCGCAUAUGACUAGCUACGUAUUUACCUUCUACGUAACUCGCUCCACGUCGCGCAGCCCGUUACCGCAACAGCGGCGCUGUCGACACAACGACUAUCUCCUUGAGAGACAGUCGGUUAGGGCGCCGCGCCUAUCCCUUCGCCACAAAGUGGCGUUGGGAUAG